AUGAUGUCGUCCACUGCUACACCCCGCUCGGCGGGUACUCCGGCGGGCCCCCGUCUCGCCCCCGGAUCUGUUCCGGCAGCACCACCGACGGCAACAACGCCGACUCGGUUUUAUCACAACAACGAAGUCCCUCGCCUGUCGAAGGCCCUUUCGGUGGUGGCGAACCUUCUUAAAUCGCCUGCCAAGGUGUCCAGUCGCUUGUUCGACGUCGGCAAGGCUAUUGUCCUCCUCGCCCUGACCCAGAGAUUCUCACCCACCUCCAUCAAAGUGCGGCAGCUCGAACAGUCGUCUGGUGCCGAUCGAAGCCGCGGCGCCGUCAACACCAUCUCAACCUGGGCGAGGCAAGUCAGCAAACAGCGCGCGAACAAGGACCAGGCCGUGCUCGAGCUCCUCGACAACGCGGCGAGAGCCGCUCCCGCCACGAAGCAGACGCUGCUCGAACACUUCGGCAUGGGAGGAACGAAUCCGGCGUCCGUGUGCAAGGAGCUUAGCAUCCUGCUCACGGCGUUGAUCAAGGAGCUGCACGGCGAGGCGGGAAGCGAUUCUCCUUCCCCCUUUUCUUCAUCGGCGACCAGUGGCGACAAAGGCGGCAUGGCUACGGCAGCAGCCGCCCCCUCUGCCGACUCUGCCACCACUGUCGCCGCCAUCGCCACAGACGACGUCGUCCCGCGUCGCAGACUGCCGGCCUCAACGGAUAGCGCAGUGACCGGGGCGGACACAGCAGUCCAGGCUUCGCUCGAGGGGGUGAAUGCUAAAUCGGCGAUAGCGAUCGCGGCCACGGCUACGGCGGACGAAAGCAAGCGCCAGUUCCGUGCUCCGCCUGCCACCGCGACCGCAGCCGAGGUCGGUGCGACGGCAGGCGACGUGGUCGGGCCGGGCAAACCAUCAGCAUCCUCACACAAUGAGGAGAACAUCGGCAGUGCCGCUGCUACGCCCGGUAUGGUAGUGCCUGCUUCUCUCGAGACCGGCACUCCUGCACCUGGCGUCAAGUCAGUUUCCGCCGCCCCCGCCGACAUGGCGGCGUUGUGUCGAGGCGGUCCCAGCAGCAGCAGGAAGUGCUCUGCUCUCAAGGUGGGCAAGGGAGAGGGGGGCUGGGGAGGUGGGCGAGGUGGUGGACACCUCGUGAAGGAAGGCCACGUGGUGGGAACUAGGGAUGGUCGCAGCUCUACGGUUCGUCAGGGCAGCAACCGCCAGAAACCGACCGUUGUCAAUGCCGGUCGACCAAGUGCGCCGGCAAGCGCCAACGCCGCGGCAAGAGCGCGGUCGCGGGGCUUAGCCUUCAUCGCUCGCCCGGCCGGGACGCCGUUCAGCAGCGGUGCUGGUGAACGAGGAGUUCCGCGUGAUCGUCAGGUUAAGGCGGCGGCAGCGAACCGCGCACCAGGAGGUGUAAGGGGAGGAGGCCCUCGCAAGCAAGGCUGCGAGCUCUCGCGGUCUGAUCGCGAUGGCGCUGUCGCGGCGGCGACGGCGUUAGCGGCAGCAUCAGCGGCAGCGAAACCCGCAGCAGCUGCAGCGGGUAACUUUGCCCAGGAGAAGCGUGGUGAGAACGAUGGCGUCCGUGAUGACGAGGGUGCUGGAGGCAACCACCGCCACCGAACGCGCCCAAUGGUAAUGCAGCUGUCCCGACCCACUCACCGCCCACUUCGCGACCGAUCCCAGCAAGACUCUCCUAACACGAACACCUCUGCCGAGCUGAGGCGGACCAAGGGCCUCCUCAGCAAGGCCCUGAGCGACCAGGAGAGGCUAGCCGCGGCCCUUGUUCAGCAACGGAAGCUGCAUCAAGAAGACGUCGAGCGUCACGCGGCCGAGUUGCGAGAGAUGCGCAAGGAGAACCUUGUCUUGGACGGACAGCGAAGUCGUCUGGAGGCCCUUCUGCUGCAGGCUUACCGUGAUAUGACCGAGCUUCAAGGGCAGAAGACCGAGACGGAAUCCCAUGAGGACGACGAGUCUAAGCACACGAGCGUUCCCUGCGGCUGUCCCCGUCCCGAGGAGGGCGGAAACGAUAGCGGCGGAGGCGGGGGCGGCGAUGACGACCAUCACCACGAGCCCUCCAAGCACGUCUCAGCAGGGCUGCCCUCACCUGGCUCCUACGCCGGCUCCGACGCGUCCGGCGGCAGCGGAGCAGAGGGCACGCGCGGGAGCGACGACCACGAGCCUGACGGCCACGACCGCUUCGAGGAGCCCUGCCUAGACACCGCUCUCGACAGGUUCAACGGGGUCGGGUUCCUGGCGUCGCUACUCCCACUGAGCGGCAGCCACGGAGGAAGCGGAGGCGCACGCGGCGACAUUGUUGCUGGGGUGGUAGCGACCGAGAAGGGGGCGAAGCUAGGUGAAGGAGGAGGCGGAGGCGUCUUCGACCUGAAGAUCGCCGAUGAACAGCUUCAGGGCCAAUUUGCCGCGGCCGGCGUGGGACAAGGACUUGUCUUGAAGACCCUCAAGAAGCCGAAGAAAGGGACAAGGGACACGGGAAUGAGAGAGAUCAGGAUGCUGGCGAGCUUCAUGCCCACCUGCCACCCCAACAUCACGAACGUGUUCGCGACAAACAUUGCAACGCGGAGCAUCGUUAUGGAAAAGAUGCAUAUGGACCUGGAGCACCUGCUCAACCACACAAGGGAAGAUAUCGACCGGGUAUCACAAGAUCAGAUGGUCCGGCUGAUCUGCGGCGCGGCGCUAGGUUUGAAGUUCAUGCACGAGAUGGGCUUUGCGCACGGAGACGUAAAACCUGCGAACAUGCUCGUGUCCGACGACCUCAGAGAGUGCAAGAUAUCCGACUUUGGGAGUGUCGGAAGGCUUGGUGUGGCGAAUGUGGGAGACGUGACGCUGCCAUUCACGCCUCCCGAGGCCAUGGGCGUCGCCAACGGCUGGAAAGUUCCGCUGAAGGCCUCGAUGGACGUGUGGUCUUUCGGGAUGGUCGUCUUGCAGGCGACGUCAAGGGCAAGGUGUCUGCCCACAGACCACGAAGUGCUAGGCGAUCACAUUCACAGCAUCUUGCCCACUGAGCGCCAAUCCUGGAUCGCCCAGGCCCAUGAAGCGAUGAUGGUUGCCAACGACAACUUUUAUUACAUCGCCUGCGGGCGGAGCAAGCGCACGCAGGAAAAGGCGUCGUCGGAUAUCAUUCGGCUGAGGGAGGUUUAUUUCGGCACGUAUGCCAAGACGAAAAAGCUGGACAAUUUCAUCCUGUCCCGGAGAGUGUGGCCAGACCAGCGGGCUUUCCGGCACCUGCCCGAAGUGCGGAAGGUGCUGGGCGCGAUGAUGGCUGUAGACCCCCGCGAGAGGAUCAACAUGAAAACUGUGGCGCUCUUCCUCAGGCACCCCGGGCUGUGGGCUCGCACAACAACCGGGCUUCGAGCAGCAGCUUCUGCCGACGCGCCAGGACUGCCCGGGGCGCCGACGGCACCAGCAGCAGCAUCGCCGUCCCCCGGUGACGGUAGCGGCAAGACGAGCCUCGAUUUCAAGCCCGUUCCCGAGACCGCCCACACGCUGCUCUCCGUCCUCGAUGAGGCCACUAACCACGACAUGGUUUUCACGGCGGACGGACAGGUCGUGCCCGGCGACCGCGCUGAAGUACCAUCCUGGUUGGAGGUAGAGAUGGCGAGGAAAGACGGUGCGUGGUGGCAGAAUGUACCCAUCCCUACGGCGUUGGCGCGCAAGGCUCCACGGCGGCAGUUCAGGGUUUAG